AAAAUAAAAUAAUAUUAUAUUUAAAAUAAUUAUUUCUGCAUACGAUGUAGAAAAACUCCUAAUAUAUGUAUCUAUAUAUUUAGAAGGGAAAAUAUAAGUGAGCUGAAGUGGAUGUUUUCUAUAGUAAUAUUUGCAGUUAGAAAUAGCAAUGUAUUUUGGAGCUUUGAACAAUUAUUUGAAACAGUUCAAUGGGACAUUCACUUUGUCGGGACCUCUAAUUAUUUAAAAAAUAAUAAUAUAUAAUUAUGUAUAAGAAGUUAAACUCAAAUAAAAUAAAAAGGAAAAGAAAAUUCAGUUACUAAUUAGAUUGUGAGCUAUUAUAAUCUACAUAUGAAUAUAUUUAAUAUCAAAACUGAAAUAAAAUAUACGUUUUUUUUUUAAUUGGGGGAUCCGGUGGACCGAAGCCCAACUGACUAGUCCCAUAGAGCUUGUCCACUGAUGCUAGACAGAUCUGGUUGCUUGUACUGUGAAUUAGAUAUUUAUAUCGUCUGUCAACACAACACAGGUGGAUAAAUCUGAGUUGGUAAGUAUCACUAUUUUGCAAUCCGGAGUGCUUAAUUAGCACCUUUCUAAUCCUGAUGUACGUAUUUAAUCAGGUUCAUUAAUUUUAUUUGUUAAGAAAUAAAAAAUAAGAUUUUGGUAUUAGAAAAUUGAUAAAAAAACUUUUUAUAAAUAAUUGAAUAAGACCUCUGAUAUUUCAGGACUGUCAUGGUACUAGCAGUUUAGAAAAUUUGUCGUAUGUAAGGAAAAUACUACGUCGUAGUCUCGUGUAUAUAUCUUUAUAUAUAAAGAAGGCUUUGCUUCCCUCCCAGCCUAUCCACGUCAGCGUCCAGCGCACAAAUUCGAUUCACGAGCGUCUGACACGUGUCACGCUUUAAUGAAACGCAUACUUUGUAAUUCGUUUUCCUCCGGGCAUCCGUUUGGGCUUUGUAAUACGUUUUGAAUUUAAAGCCCAUAGACCAACGAAUUUGGUAGGAACCCUAAUCCGGGUUGGAGCGCAUCUUUGUGUUCUUCGCUUCCGGGUUGAAAGGGACGAUUCAGAUUUCUGUAACGCUAUGUGUUGUGAUUUUCCGUCUUAAAUCCUCUUAAUUCGCAAGCCCACUACGAGACCUUUCGAUUGCGUUGUUCGUCGGCGAAAUCGUGUAUAAAUUCUCUCUUAUGCUAAUCGCGAUAUCCACAUCUCUCUUCUACACAUCUCAGUCAUAUUCAUAUCUAUGUGCUCAUCUCUGUUAAUGGCUAACUCGCGUGCUUUUUCCGAUCUGAAAUCUGGGCAGUGCUCAUCCGUUGUAGAGGCCAGACUGCUUCGAUUCUGGGAGGCUAGGAAUGUUAAGUGUGGUGGGGAGAUUAAGUGGAUGGAUUUGCUCAUGGUGGAUGUUAAGGCAACCAUGAUGCAAGUGACGAUCAGUUCAAGCCGUCUCCCACAAUACCGGGAGAGACUCAUUGUCGGAACAAUGUUUUCCGUGUCCGGUUUUGAUGUCUCUAGAUGUGCACAGAGCUUCCGGCUCACGGAGUCUUCUCUGUUGAUCAGGUUCAACGAGAACACCACUUUUGAGGAGAUAACUGAUCAUGUAUCCCCCUUGCCCGAGGAAGCAUUUCGGUUUCGUAACCAGUCUGAGAUGAUUGGUUUAGCCAAAACAAACACUCAAUUUCCAGGUACAUUGCUCCCAGUUGACACGUACCUCUUAUAUUGUUGGACUUCUGUGUGUAAAGAGUAUGGUCUGUUUAUAUUUGUAAGAAAGUGAUAUAUAUCUCAUACUUUAUGUGGACGUCAUAGGUGAAAUACUUGGUGUGAAAAUAGACUCAAGACAUACAGCCAUUGAGUUAUUGACGUUUCUUACACUGACUGAAAACAUGGAUUACAAAUUUUACUCUGUUUAUAGACGCUUUCUUCUGUUUUGCAAUUUACAUUUAAAACAUGGUUUACAAAUUUUACUCUGUUUAUAGACGCUUUCCUCUGUUUUGCAAUUUACAUUUCGUAGACCAACGACUCUGUCGGCUAAUAAAGUAAACCAACUCCCGGUUUGAUGAAACCAUCAUAAAGACACAAACCCAAAGUCUACUAAACGUUUACAUACACAUAGCCCAAAUCACAUAUUCUAUGUGCUUCAAAUACUUUAAUAUAUCGGUGGAAUUAACCAUACUACCUUAUUGAUACAACAAUAAAAAUAUAUAUGUUUUAAAUGAAAUUUUAUUCAACAAUAAAAUAGUUUUAGUUAAAAUGAAUAAGUUGUUUUUUAAUAUCACAUAAAUUAUUAGUUUAAAAGAAAAUAUGGAAAACAACUUAAUACAUGAAAAAAAAAAAUUAACUAAGAGAAAGUAACUUUGCUCUACUAACUCUAAUUCUAAAAUUUAAAAACCUAUGUGACUUACUGGUGUAUUUAAACAAAAAUAACAUCAAAAGAAAGUAAAUAAUUAUAUUUUAAAAUUUUUAUAAAAAUUAGAAAAUUUUAUAAUUUAUAAAAUGAAGAAUAAAGUACAUAGAUAAAAUUGUUGUAAAACAAUUAUGAUCCUUAUUUCCAUUUUAAAUUAAAAUUAAAAUAAAAUUUAACAUAUUAAUAAAUUACGAUGCCUAUGUAUUUAACUAUUUAUUCAUCAACUCCUGUGGAUCAGUUUCAAAUUUCCCCCCCAUAGCUGGUACGUAACAUAACAAAUAAAAAUAAUAGUAAUAAUAUUAAUACAGAACACAAAGUAACUAAUUACUACAUCCAUAAUAUUGCUAGGUGGUAAAAAAACCCCGCUACUUCUGAUAGAAAUAUAUAUAUAUAUAUACAAUUAAUUUAUACAAUAUAGUUUCAGAAUCUUAUAUAUGUAUUCCAAAAAAAUCAUAUCAAAGAGCAAUAUCAACUAUCCCUAAUAUCAAGCAUUCAACCGAUAAAUAUGCAAACAGAAGCUACGCAAUUAAUGCUGAUUGCAAUGAUGCAACUCAAAAACUCAUUGCGGUAUAAAGUUACACCUAAUACCCUACGUUGCACGGAAGCUUCAUCGGACGUCCGCUUCCCGCUUCGGAACAGGAAUCGGAUAUCCAUUUGGGUUCGGAUAUUACCCGUUCGGGUUCGGAUAUCCAAUCUCUCCUAAUUCAAUACCCGUUCGGAUAUUUUGCUACUUCGGUUCGGAUUUCGGUUCGGGUUUUUCGGAUCGGGUUCGGGUGCCACUUCGGAUUUCGGGUAAAAUGUCCACCCCUACCUUGUGGAAGCUUGCGGAAUCUCGCUUCCAAAACGUUUCUAAAAUAUUCUCUUUAAAAACAUGUUGGAAGCUUAUGAUUCCGUUUUGGAAUC